AGUCACUCCUUCAUCCCCUUUACUUUUCCUUCAUAUACCAUCACUCGACCAGGCCGGAUGUCAUAGCGAUGUCGGAUGCAUCUGACGCGUUGAAGGAGGAGUAUAUAUCGCUGUUUAUCGCGAGUUUGGUUCCUCUCCGGACGGUCCUGCCCGCUUUGACUUGGAUAUUGCACGAUUAUUUUGUUACGCUCGAGGAUGAAAUUCGAUAUAUCUGGUCCCAACAACGAUGCUUCAGCAAAUUCAUGUAUCUAUGGAUACGUUACUACAGCAUCGUCCUCCUCAUCUUCGAUGCUACACAAAUACACCUCUUCAGUCGACCGGGUAUAACAGGCCCAACGGUAUGUGUGGCGAUGGACUCCAUCAUCCGCAUAGUCGGAGCUAUCAGCCUAUGGUCCGUCGAGAUCAUCAUGCAGCUCCGCGUCUACGCCAUCUAUAAGUGCUCAAAGCGGAUAGUUGUGUUCAAUUUUGUGCUCUUCCUUGGGUCUGUUGCCGGCUUCAUGUACGUUUUGGUUUACAAUGCUGAACGUCGGCGAGCGGUCAUUGCGCAAGCUGUGACGUUACCUCUACCUGGAUGUCCCUCGAUCCAUUCUGGUAUUGAAUGGGCACAAUGGGUUCCUGCUACAGCGUACGAAGGCGUCCUGUUCUCAUUUGCGCUUUGGAAGACUGUCAAAUCCACCGCUGGAAGAGUACGGAAUAAGGCUCGGGUAUCGAUCUAUGAGCUCCUGCUGAGAGACAACCUGUUCUAUUUCUUUGCGAUCGCGGCCAUAUUGGUGUUCAAUAAUCUGAUGGUGGUAGGCCUCACGCACAUCCCGUGGUUCAGUUACGGUCCAUUCCACGCAGCCGUCGAGAUCCUCACCUGCCGCAUGCUCGUCAACCUCCGACGCGCCUCGAUGAUCCAUCCCUUCGACGAAGACACCGAACUAACAGCCAUAAGUGGAACCUCCUCUUCAUCCGACGAUCAUCAUCGGCCCAAACGACACGGACGCGGGCUUCGAACGGACGAGUCAUGGAGGGUCGCACCCGGGCUUGUGAGUAGCUCGUUGGGAACGACUACGGGGACAGGGACGAUGCUGGAGACAUUGGAGAGCAUCGUUCCUGUUAGGGCAGACGUGGAGGCGCAGGUGGCUGGGCCGAGCGGGUGGGAAAAGCAGGGUGUGCCUGUGAAAGUCAAGAUUAGGGGAAGUGAUCCUAUAGUAGAGGAUGAGUUGGUGAGUCCGGUGGAGGUGGAAGUUAGGGUAAAGAAAAAGCUGGAGAUGGACGAUGGCCUGCUGCUCCGAUGACGAGGCCGUCAACGACUGAGUUCCUCAUUUGUAUUAUACGAUCACUCUCUGGUAUACCCUACAUCCAGUACUUAUGACUACCACGCUACCCCAAGGGCGGGGGCUAUCUUGUUUUCGCUGCUAUUCCCUCGUCGAAUAUCACGGGACGACCGGAGAUAGACAAAGAUGAGGAUGUUUAA